AUGGCUGAUAUAUUGCCGUACGUGCAAACGCAGAAGAAUUUGCUGCGACCGUACUCUGCCCGCGUGCUGGAAGUGUGGUACCAGAAGCUUGCAGUGCCCAGGUUAUACUUUGGACCUCAGAUGGGUGAACGAAACAGCGAGAAGGACCAAGUCCAAAGGCAGCCACAAUUCGCCCGAGCGCAACAAUACGACAAUAUCUCAUCAUCGUCUACCGGGACUUGA